CGGAUCGUCUAGAUACCUGGAGAAGACAUGGACCCCGUCCUAAUCUCCAGUCUUCUCCUGAGUUUAAUGGUUCACAUGUCCCACGCAGAUAGCUACACCCUGACUUAUCAUCACACCUACCUUGCAAUCUCAGAUCCAGAUUUUUUUGCUGAUUUAUAUCUGAAUGACAUCCCCAUAUAUUGGUAUGACAGCAAUAACAAAUGGCUGGAGCCUCUGGUCCCCUGGAGAAGGAAGAUGGCAUCUCCCAACUUCUGGAGAAAUCUUCAGUUAGAACUCUGGAGUGAUGAAAAUCUAAUGAGGAAUACAACACUCGGUAAUGGCACCCAACAAUAUAUACAUGGUUGCAUGGAAACCAGCAAUGGCUCGUUCCAGUACAACUUCCGGAAUGCAUUUAAUGGAAUAGAACUUUUAAGGUUUGAUACGGACACUGGAAAUUAUUCCUCGGAAAUUGAUGGUAAUCAGGAAAUUGUGGAUGCUCUGAACGAGAACAGAACAGCAAAGAAGUUGAGAACAGAAGAACUGACUUCCUUCUGUGAGAACAUAACUAAAUUUUUAGUGAUGAAUGGGCAAGAAUACAUCCACAGAAAAGUUGCACCAGAUGUAAUAGUGCUCUCUAGUGGUGAUGCACUGUACUGCAAGGCAUAUGGACAUUACCCCAGAAAAAUUGAUAUGACUUGGUACAAGAAUGGACAGAUUAUACCUGAUGGGGAAUUGGAGAGGCUGACGCUGCCUCUCACUGAUCAGACCUAUUUGUCCUCUGUUUCGGUCAAUAUAUCCUCGAUAUCAGAAGAUGCAUACAUCUGCCUGGUAAACCACAGCAGCCUGGAGGGUCCGACAUCUAUACUAUGGAGGAAAUCUGGCCUGUUGGCGUCUAGUCCAUCUAACAGCAAUAUUAAUGUAAUUCCUUCCAUCGGGAUAGUGAUCCUCAUCACACUCAUCGUCAUUCUGUUCGUGUUAGCCUCUGUGUUUGGAUUCACAACGUGGGAAAAAAACAGAAAAGCCCGAAUGGGUACGGUUUUCAACAAUGAUCCCAGUUCCUGAUUUCCCUUCGAUCCCGUUCACAGCUCCGUCAUUUCAUGUCCGAAUACCCAAAAAUAAGACCCAUCUCCAAGAGACUGACAUACACAUCUCCUCGUGGACUUUAUCACUGAUGACAAACUACUGAGGACCCUCCAUCGCCAACACAAUAAUGCACAGGAUGUUGCGUUUAAGUCUUGUUAAUUAAAAAUAUAGUUUAGGAUGAACUCCCUCCUGUGGGUACACUCAAUGAAGGUUCAAUCUGAUUUGUGUCUUUCCUAUUGUACGACUGGUAAAAAGGUUAUCUGCCACCCAAAAUUAAUGUAUUCAGUGCUGUAUUGUUAUUUCAUAUAUUUUGUGUUGGACAUCAUCUUGGUUUUGACAUUAUAAAACCUGAUAAACUAAAAUAUGUGGUUCUCUCCAUGCGACGCCAUUGUAAGGUUGUAACUGCGACACAACGU